UCCGCCAAGAACAUCCAUAUUCAAUCAACAAUGGCGCCACCGCAUAAGCUCGAGGCGACGGUCGGGUGGUCGGCGUCGGCAUUCGUAGCCGCCGUGCUCGCCCGUCUAAUCCGCAAAGGCAUCGAGCUGCUGUCCGAGCUAGACGGAGCUGCGGUGGGUCACCUGCGCCGCCUCGAGGGGCUCCUCACGUCUGUGUGGCUUUUGCUCGACGCGGCCGACGCUGGCGCCAUCGACUUCACCCAGCGGCCCGUCCAAGACUUGCUCAACGCUGCCUACUCCGCCGACGACGCCCUCGACGACCUUGAGCGCGCUCUUCUCCAGCUCCAGGUCGGCAUGGCAGGAGGCAGCGAACCCGGUUCAAACGCCGGUUCACCUGCCUCCGUCGUCGGCGCCUCGAGGAAGCCACGCAGCCCUAUGAGGUUCUUUCUCUGCUUCAGCCCACCCAGAACAGCAGCUUCUAGCAGUGGUAGCGCCGCCAGCUCUCGCCGGAGAUCCUCAAGCAACAAGAAGAGCAGCGUCGACCUGGGCGGCCUAGGAGAGGCAUUCGAGAAGUUGGCACAAGCCGCGUACAGGUGCACGUCCAUGUACGAGCACGUCGUGCCACGGAAGAACUAUGCCACCAUCCUUUCAGUGAAGCCAGGGGAUGCAGCAUCAGGAGCAGCACGUGAUAUGUACGACAUCUUCGGGAGGGAGGCUGAGGUGGAUCAAAUCGUCAAGAAGGUGAGAUUCGGCGACGAUCUGCACUACCGCCUCGGGGUUGGCGUCCUCCCUGUUGUCGGCGCCGAGGGUAUUGGCAAGACGGCGCUCACGCAGCUCAUCUUCCACCAUGAGAUCAUCAAGGCCGAGUUCCCCGUGCGUAUGUGGGUGCAAGUCUCUGGCACACUCCUGGUCAGCAAGCAGCUCAUGGUUCAGAUGGUGCAUCCGCUUGCAGGAGAUGCCCAUGACACCAAAGACAUCAGGGAGCUUCUGCUGGAGCAGUUGACCGGCAAGAGGAUCUUGCUCGUGCUCGACGGUGUCACAGAUGUCAGCGAUGCCCAGUGGAGAGAUCUAAUGGAGGUGCUGCAGCAAGCUGCUCGAAGGAGCUUGAUCAUGGUGACGACUCGAUCCGAAAGUGCUGCCACCGCAUUAGGCACAAUGCCCUCACUGAUCCUCAGCCCUCUGGCAUUCGAUGACUACUGGAAGAUGUUCAAGCAUUUUGCAUUUGGGAGUGCGGAUGAGAGCGAAGAUUGCACUCCGCUGGGGGAUGAAUGGGAGGACCUUGAAGAGGAGGAGGAGGAGCUGUCACCGAUAGAGCAAAUCGCGUAUGAAAUAGCCAAGAAAUUGGACUGCUCUCCAUUACCAGCACGUCUCAUUGGGCGCUCACUAUACUUCCGGCAGGGCGAAGAAGGCCACUGGAAAAAUGUGUUGGAUGAUACCUUGUGGGAACAGCAACAAAUCGGCGGGAUCUCGCCAGCAUUGUGGCUGAGCUACCAGCACCUCGAUCCCCGCCUCAAGCAGUGUUUCGCAUAUUGUGCAGUGUUUCCAGAUGACUAUGUGUUCAGAAAGGAAGAAUUGGAGCAGAUGUGGAUAGCACAGGGGCUGAUAUAUUCUGAUGACCGUGCAGCAAGACUGGAGGAUGUCGCUGACGAGUUAUUUGAUGAACUUGCUGAACGAUGCUUCUUUCAGCCUCUGGGAAGAAACAGAUACGUCAUGCACAAUAUGAUGCAGAAGCUAUCGCAAGCGGUCUCGGCGAACCAAUGUUACAUGGUUACUGAGAGCUCAGGAAAAGUGCCACAAGAAGUUCGUCACCUGACAAUCAGGACUAACAACCUGCUGAAGUUGAAGAUGGAUUUGGCGUUGCAGCUCUCACCUUCCUCUGAAAACCAUUUCCUUCAGCGGGUUCGUACAAUUCUGUUCUUCGCAGAUUUCAGUGACUCGGAUGACUUUUUGGAAGUUUUAGCUGAGAUUUUCUCAAUCGCAAAGAGUGUGAGAGUUCUUGGCUUAUCAUGUGCAAACAUUACAUUUCUUCCUGCUGAGAUUGGCCUGGUCCGACACCUCCGGUAUCUCAAUCUGUCCAGGAACAGCAUCACUGAACUUCCAGAGACAGUGUGCCAGCUCCACCUACUUCAGGUGCUGGAUGUCAAGUGCAAUUCUCGUUACCUCCAUCCUCCCAAUGGCACUUCCAGUUUGAUUCACCUGAGGCAUCUUCAUGCAAGUGCACUAUUUCUUUCGCACAUACCUGACAUACAAAAUCUCUCAAAUCUGCAAGAGUUGGAGGCACUCCGUGUUGGCAGGAGCACGCAACUCAUUGCCUUACGACAAAUGAUGCAACUCAGAGGCGCACUUCACAUUGAAAAUCUGCGUCAGUGUGAUGUAAGUGAGUUCAAGAAGGGUAUCCUGAAAGGAAUGAAGCACCUGGACAAACUACACCUGUCUUGGGCUAACUCUACGGGUGAAAGCAAAGAUAUUCCCAUCGAUGAAGAGGUACUUGAGUGCUUGCAGCCACAUGAGAAUGUGAAGGUUCUGAAAAUUACGGGCUACACAGGAAUCAGAUCUCCAUCAUGGAUGCUGAAGACCUCAUGUUCACUGUCAAAUGCGACAUCUAUGUACUUAUCAGAUUGCAUGAACUGGGAGAGCCUACCUCCCUUCCAUGAGAUGCCUUGCCUUGAGGUUCUUGAGAUCAGAAAGAUGCAUUCUAUUAAGGAAAUGGGUGCUGUUCCUCAACCAUCUGAUGCAGAAUUGUUCCCAAAACUCAAAAGGCUCGUUAUCGAAGACGCUUUGCAUUUCACUGGAUGGUCGAGAGGCAAAUCAACAAGAAACAUAACAUUUCCCUGCCUGUGCAAGCUAGAGAUAAGGAAUUGCCCUGACCUGACAACCUUUCCAGAUGUCCCCCUUUCACUUGCUAUCAUGAUCAUUGAGAAUGUUGGUCUUCAUAUUCUGCCAAUGAUUCAUGAGAAGCAAUCAUCAGAAGAAGAGAUGUCAACAUCAGAAGAAGGUAGAUGGACAUCAGGGCUCACCACAUUAAAAAUACAUCACUGCGACAAACUAAGGUCCCUAGGAUCAGGACUUCUUCAGCAGCAGCACCUCCUACGCUCUCUUGAGGUUCUGUCAAUCAAGAGCUGUGACAACAUUAUCUGUGAUCUGGCCGACGGAUUCAAAGAUCUCACUGCAUUGAGGGACCUCUCGCUAUAUGACUGCCCAAAGCUGCUCAUCGACAAGUUCCAUGCAUCAUUGCGAACACUGGAGAUCAGCGAGUGCUUCAUUGCGCAGGGUGGAUGGGUGGACGAGUACCCUUUCCUCUUCUCAUUGUGGACACUAAAGAUCAGUGGCUGCUCGCAUGUAAGCGCUGAUCAAGGCAGCAAGAUUGAACCUUUGGACUGGCUAAGCUCCCUGUUCAAUGUGUACAGUCUUCAAUUGGAGAACACAUUGUUUGUGAGAUUGAGCAUGUUUGACAAGCUUCAUUCUCUUGAGAUACUUGAGAUUGACGGAAGUCACGCAUUCUUUGAUGGUUCAUUGGAAUUUGAAUGGCUGGAGAAGCUGCACACCCUCAGCAUUAGGAACUGCAGGGAACUGUGUGAGCUUCCCGAAAACCUCUACACUCUGCCUUCAUUGGAGGAGCUGUGUGUAGAGAACUGUCCCGCUAUUCAGGCAUUGCCAGCAAACGGGUUGCCAGCUUCACUGAUGAGAUUAUCCAUAUCUAAGUGCAGUCCUCGCCUAACUCAGCGGUGUCUCGAUGAAGAACUUGAUCAUCCAAAGAUUGCAAAGAUUGGUGUUGCCUACAUUGAGGGGCAAAGUAUUAUUAGUACAGAAGAAUAG